CAUUUCCUUGCCACAAUCUACCAACUCAAAUCCUCCCCAAGUCAAAUUGCCAAAAAUAUCCAACCAGUAUAAAUAUCGUUGACGAUAAACCAACCCCAAAUUUACCACUCAACAAUGCAGCUGUCCACAAAAUUCAUUUCAGUUCUGAUGGCAAUCGUGCUCCAAGGCCCAGCCAUUGAAGGCACAGGUAAUGUCGAUAUGCAAUCAGCACGUCCAUGCCCAACCACGAAUCCCCAGGCUAUAUGCCUCAAAGUAGGAAAGGUCAGAGGGGCCGGCGGUCAAGUUAAGAAUGAGAAUGUUUCAUUGAGAAGUGGGGUCCCAGAGUAUGGUAAUCCUCGUAAGCCCAAGGAGGUCACUGGUUUUGACUGCAAGAAAUAUGCAGGGUCAUCACUUGAUAGUGAGACAUUGUUGGCCAAGUGUUGCACCAAUGACGUGGUAUUGGGCAAUGACAAUGACCACUUUAAAAAACCUGUCCCAAGCACUUUCAAUGACAAAACUUGCAUUGGUGCCAAGCCUACUUGAUCAUCCAGCUUCCCAAUUGUCACACUAAUCUCUCUUGAUUUUGUGCCAUGCUCAAAACGAUUUUGUGGUUGUCAAACAAUUGUGAGAAAGACAAAAUCAAUCCAAUUUGUAAACAUAAAGUCCUCAGCCUUUUCUCAACUUUUGUAAAAUAAAAAACAAGCUUGGAUUUCACCUACUGC